GCACCUCCCCGCGCGCUAGUUAAAAAGAAGAAGAAAAGAGGGAGCGAAACAUGAGAGCCGGUGUGAGGAGCUGCAGCCGCGGGCAGAGGAGAUCGCAGCAUCUUCUAGAUCCCAGCGCUGCCUCCGCCUCCGCCGCUGCUGCUGCUGCCUCCGGGGCCGUCGCUGCUGCUGCUGCUGCUGCUGUUGCUGCUGCUGCUGCUGCUGCUGCUGCUGCUGCUCCUCCAGUAUCACCUCCGCGACUCCCGUUACAUGGACAACAAGUGAACUGGCGCCGCUGCCCCCGCCGCUGCCCCCGCCGCCUCCUCCUGCUCUUUCUGCUCCUGCUCUUCCCCCCACUUCCAGCCUGCACCCGAAGCCCCCUAACUCAUUUGACACUGGCACUGCCACCACGGAGAGCGUCCCUGGCAGAAAUUAAACCCAUCCUCAGUCCCCGGGCUCCCCUAGGACGUUGGACCCUCUCUCUCGGCGCUUUUCUAAACUUGCUACAAAGUUGCUCGGGGGCCUCCUCCCCGCUGCCUCCCUUGGCCUUUUUGCCAUCCUUGCAGCCCCCGUCCCCCCAUCUCCUCCUCCGGGGGCUGUGUGGCAGGGCAGUGAGGAGAGCCAUCCUUUUUCUCCUCCACGCACGUCUCAAUCUCCUCCUCCUCCUCCUCCUGCUGCUGCUGCUGCUGGGCAGAUGAUGCUGAAGAUGUUGUCCUUUAAGUUGCUGCUGGUAGCGGUGGCUCUGGGCUUCUUCGAAGGGGAUGCUAAGUUUGGAGAAAGGAACGAAGGGACUGGUGCGCGGAGGAGAAGGUGUCUGAAUGGGAAUCCACCCAAGCGUCUGAAAAGGAGGGACAGGAGGAUGAUGUCCCAGUUGGACUCCCUAAGCGGGGCAGAAGCUGUCUGCGGUGCCUUCUACCCUCGGCUCUCCUGCUGUUCCAGGAUUGACAGUCAGUCUCUGCUGCACAUGGAGUCCAAGAUAUUUUCUGUUACCAACAACACAGAGUGUAUGAAACUCCUGGAGGAGAUCAGAUGUGCCCACUGCUCACCACAUUCUCAGAAUCUAUUCCAUUCACCUGAGAGAGGGGAAGCCUCUGAAAGAGAUCUAGCCUUGCCCUUGCUGUGCGAAGACUAUUGCAAAGAAUUCUAUUACACGUGUAGAGGCCACAUUCCAGGUUUCCUUCAAACAUCAGCUGAUGAGUUUUGCUUUUACUACGCAAGAAAAGAUGGUGGGUUGUGCUUUCCAGAUUUUCCAAGAAAACAAGUGAGAGGCCCAACAUCUAACUAUUUGGACCAGAUGGAAGAAUAUGACAAAGUGGACGAGAUCAGCAGAAAGCACAAACACAGCUGCUUCUGUGCCCAGGAAAUUGUGAGUGGGUUGAGGCAGCCCAUUGGAGCCCUGCACUGUGGAGAUGGGUCCCAUCGUCUCUUCAUCCUUGAGAAGGAAGGCUACGUGAAGAUAUUCACCCCAGAAGGAGAAAUUCUCAAGGAACCUUUUCUGGACAUACACAAACUUGUUCAGAGUGGAAUAAAGGGAGGAGAUGAAAGGGGGUUGCUAAGCCUUGCAUUCCAUCCCAAUUACAAGAAAAAUGGAAAGCUGUAUGUGUCUUACACCACCAACCAAGAGCGAUGGGCUAUGGGACCUCACGACCACAUCCUCAGGGUCGUGGAAUAUACAGUGUCCAGAAAAAAUCCCCAGCAAGUUGAUGUGAGAACAGCCCGCGUGUUCCUGGAGGUAGCUGAGUUGCACAGGAAGCAUCUAGGCGGACAGCUGUUGUUUGGCCCUGAUGGUUUUUUGUACAUUUUCCUUGGGGAUGGGAUGAUCACUUUGGAUGACAUGGAAGAAAUGGAUGGUUUAAGUGAUUUUACAGGUUCGGUGUUACGGCUGGAUGUCGACACUGACAUGUGCAAUGUGCCUUAUUCCAUACCGAAGAGCAAUCCACACUUUAACAGCACCAAUCAGCCCCCCGAAGUAUUUGCACAUGGGCUCCACAAUCCAGGCAGAUGUGCAGUGGAUCGACAUCCCACAGAUGUAAAUAUCAACUUAACAAUACUUUGCUCAGAUUCAAAUGGCAAGAACAGGUCAUCAGCAAGAAUCCUACAGAUUAUAAAAGGGAAAGACUAUGAAAGUGAGCCAUCACUCUUAGAAUUCAAGCCAUUCAGUAAUGGGCCCCUGGUUGGUGGAUUUGUUUACCGAGGUUGCCAGUCUGAAAGACUCUAUGGAAGUUAUGUGUUUGGAGACCGGAAUGGAAAUUUUCUAACUCUUCAGCAGAGCCCAGGAACCAAACAGUGGCAAGAAAAACCCCUGUGUCUCGGUAACGGAGGCUCUUGUAGAGGCUUUUUUUCAGGUCACAUCUUAGGAUUUGGAGAAGAUGAAUUAGGUGAAGUAUAUAUUUUAUCAAGUAGCAAAAGCAUGACCCAGACUCACAAUGGAAAACUUUAUAAGAUUGUGGACCCCAAAAGACCUUUAAUGCCUGAAGAAUGCAGACCCAUCAUUCAGCCCAUACAGCCCCUAACAUCGGAAUGUUCUCGACUUUGUAGAAAUGGCUACUGCACUCCUACGGGGCGAUGCUGCUGUAGUCUAGGUUGGGAGGGUGACUUCUGCAGAAUUGCAAAAUGUGAACCAGCCUGUCGCCACGGAGGAGUCUGCAUUAGACCAAAUAAGUGCCUAUGUAAAAAAGGGUACCUGGGACCCCAAUGUGAACAAGUGGAUAGAAACAUCCGCAGAGUUACCAGGGCAGACAUCACCUAGAUGAAACCGCUUUACCAUGUCCUGUAAAAUACUAAAGUUACAUUUUUCACCAACUUAAUUGGAAUGACGGGGAGUGAGAGAGCAAACACGCUCUUUAAUGUGCUGUGGAUCUAAGCUAGCCAUGUAUCCUUGGGUCAACAUGUAAUCAUUCAAGACGGGAUGAAAAAAAGCAAGAAAACAACCAGUCAUUAUAAAAUUCCAGCAUUAAACAUUUGUAAAGUGCUUUUCACCAUAGCAGGACUGCCCAGAUUGUAUGGGAUUAGAAUGGUGCCGAUUUCACACUGCAUGGAACUCUCCCGGAGAAGAGCUUGUCCUGAACCAAUCUUGGAAAGCUCUUAACAUAACGAAUUCUUGCCAAAUAGGACUUUUCAUGUAAGCGUCCCUCCAGAUGCCAUGGAAACCUUCACUUUGGUUAAUGUAUCAAUAAAUCUUCUGUAAAUGUAUUGUUCAGAUUUUUAAAGAAAUGAAAUACUCUAAUUUAAACCUGAGAAAGACAUCUUCUGACUGGUUGGCCUUUUCUUAAUGGUUUUAAGUGGCCAGUUUGCCACGUUUGGAUUGUAAUACUAGAUUAGGUUUCUUUGCACUACUGAAAAAAAAAUCUACUCAUGGUGAGCAUGCUCCCACCUUGGUGUUCCUAGAAACACCUGUUCCUUCCGAGUCCUGGGUACACUAUUGUAAAGUAGGCAAUGCAGACUGGCUUUUCAAAUGUGCUCCAUUUCUCACCUUUAGAAAAAUAAGCCUUGAUUGUGGAGUGAUGAAGGAAGAGGAGGGGAGAGUAUGAGGAACAGUAUCUUAGGAGGCGGUAUUUCUCUGUUGUUUUAAAGUGAAAGCUCUGUAAUUAAAGCCAGGGAGCAUUUGUAACUAGACCACAAUGCAAAAGGAUGCGUUAAGUCCACUGCAUUUGUCUUCCAUAUAUGAUUGCUUCAGUUUCCAGUGACCUCAUGGCAAAUGGAAAUUGGUUGAGAAAUCUUGGUCCAGUGCUUCGUGAACAAUACCCUGCAUUAAAAAGUGCAUGCAUAAUUUUGCACGAUUUAGAUUCAAUUGACAGUCUAUUCAAAGAAGUCUUGGGAUUAAAUGAGCAUGGAGACCAAAUUGCCCUCUUACCCCAGAAAAGGGGUGGUCCCUGCUAGUUCCACUAACACUCCAUUGGCCCAAUGGUGUGACAAAUCUUGCAAUGAACCCUGCAGCGGCUUGCAUCUGUAGGUUAAGAGCAGUCUUUUGUCUCCUUGCUUUCUCUUCCUAGCCCCAGUUCUAAA